UGUUGCACCAGCCGGCGUCUCUCUUGUCCUCUACUGUACGAGCUGUCUGUUCGAAUCUCUGAAUUACCUGUUUUUCCUGUGACUGGGGGAUCAGAAGAGCAUAUUGCGCAGUCUUUACGCAAGGUUGAUAUGCGAAGAAAAGCAGAGAUGCGCUCUCCGGACUCACUUCAUUGAUGGUCGUGAGCUUCCAUCAUAGGCCCUGUAACGUUACUAUCUGAUUACUGGAGCCAGUUCCUCAUAUGAAAAUGGUCCGGUGAAAUGUAGUUUCCGAUCACGGAAGGGAUUCUCAGCGCUAAGGUCAAGACUUGUCUUUUGAAAAAUGAAAAUUUGGAGCACGGAACAUGUUUUCAGUUACCCAUGGGAGACGGUAAUUAAGGCUGCCAUGAGGAAGUACCCAAACCCCAUGAACACUAAUGUGGUCGGGGUGGAUGUUCUGGACCGCAGCCUGGAUACACAGGGACGCCUGCACAGCCACAGACUCCUCAGCACAGAGUGGGGCCUCCCGGGCAUUGUGCGAGCGAUACUGGGAACCAACCAUACGCAGACGUAUGUGAAGGAACACUCCAUAGUGGACCCAGAGGAGAAAAAGAUGGAGCUGUGCUCAACAAAUAUUACUCUCACCAACCUGAUUUCAGUGGAUGAGAGGCUUCUUUACAGACCGCACCCAGACAACCCCGAGGUUACCGUCCUGACCCAGGAGGCCAUCAUCACAGUCAAGGGAGUGAGUCUAAGCAGUUACCUGGAGGGGAUGAUGGCUAGGAGAAUGUCAGCUAACGCCAGGAAGGACUGCAGUUCUACAGUGACAACUGCUUUCCCCGCUACACCUCAUACACCACCGGGGGAUUCUCAGCGUCUCGGGAUCCUCUGCAGUUGGUAUUUAUACGCCAUGCACUGGAAGCUCAGACAGACAGUGAAAUGUUGCCAAAGCUGAAUGGUUAUAGAGCUGGAUUUAAGGGUUGUGGUUCCAAGUCUAGUAGGUGUGGCUCAGUGCUAACUCAGUACUUUAAAACCCAUUAACAGCUAUUCUAAUCGAGGCAAGUGAGGUGAAAAGGACAUUUUUCCCUCCAUGUGUUAAACAAGCUGUACUGCUAAAUAAACUGAAGGUCUAAAAUGUAAGGGUGCUGCUGUCAACAUCAUGAGACUUCACUGGUUGGAAGUAUAAUAUCACUACCCCACAUUUCCGUUGCUCUCAUGUCAUAGCUUAGCAUACUGUGGAAGAGAUGCAGAGGAGGAGGAAUGCAGAAGGUACACACAUUGUUAGAAGGCAAGGUAUGGCACAAUAACAAUAUGCAACAAACUUCAUAACUUUUAUUUGAACUGAUGUAAUUCUUCUGUAAUGUCAAACACGGGAGACUCCUAUUGCAGGAGUUUAGAUUUGAAAGUUUUUUACUGGUGCUUAUGUGUUUCAAAAGGCACAAACUGUUGAUGAUACGUUUGCAUGAUAGUCGUAAAAAAAGAAGGGGAGGCGGGUAAUUAAAGAAAAAUCUGUAGUAGUGGCCUAUACAUUUGCUAAUGCAGCUUUAGAUAGAAAGAAUUAAAAGAAAUGAUAUUGUUUAUGUCAGAAAAAAAAGAUGGGAAUGUACCGUUGACAUAUUGCCUUCUUUUUCUGCUGUCAAGGCAACAAUACAGGGGCUCCUUUUUGAUGUACACAUUCUGGGCAUUACUGCCUUAAACCAGCCGAUUUGUAGCUGGGUUAACCCUCUGAGGAUGAAAGACGCACUGGCGCGUCCAAACAAUGUUUGACAAAACUCCUACUCAAAAAGCAAUAUUACAAAAUUUCAUUUCAGACAUUUAUUUACUAUUUUAAUUAUAUAUAACCUAAGACUUUGGUCAAUUCAUUUUAAGCACUGAAACAACUUGUAAAACACAUCAUAACUUAAGGUUUGUUUUCAAAAUAGUUUUGAGGACUUUCAAAAAGCCAACAUUAACGUUCCAGCUUUAGCGCCAAAUUAUCUCUUUACACAUUGCUCUAGAAAAAAUUUAGGCAUCACUAUACGGAAAGCUGAGUUUGUUCUGAACAUUUUGAUAUGAAACACGUGGGGAUCAGGUAUAUGCAAAUACCCUAAAAAAGGUCAACUUAUGUAGAUAUGUGAAAAUGCUCUUAGCCCUCAAAGUGUUAAAGAGGAAGAUGUAUGUUUAGAUUUUGUGACCAGUAUAGUAAAAAAAUCUGUGGGCAGGAUUCUUUUUUUUAAAUGGCCUUAAAUGAUACCUGUGUAUUAUUGCUUUGGCAGCUGUAUUAUUCAUGCCUUUGCAAAUCACGCACACGAUGCUACCAAAUGUUGGACUUCUCUGUAAAAGCUACCUACACACCCUGAGGAGCAGGGCUCUACUGUGUGUGCAACACUGCAGAGGAAGAUGCACACAAUUACAAUGACGUAUGUGCUAAAUCAUAUUUCUUUGUUAAAAUGAAUAAUAUUUACAUAUUUGUAGAAGUAUUAUUUAUUUAAAAAAACAUUGUGUAAC